AUGCGCUGCCUCACUGCCGACCACUCCUCGACGACAGCUUCGUCCGACGCAACAGAAAACUCCGAUGCGGCAAAGGGAAAAGAUGCUACAACAAGAGACGCUGGUCUCCUAGAUCAGCUGAAAGAGCGAGGUCUCAUCAAUCAGAUUGCUGGCGAUCAUGGCGUACUUGAUAGCAUACUGCGCAGCCGGCGCGUGAGCUUUUAUUGCGGCGUGGAUCCGACAGCUCCUUCACUUCACCUAGGACAUCUCCUGCCAUUCAUGCUGGCGUUCUGGAUGUUCCGCCAUGGCCAUCAUGUUGUCACUCUGGUUGGUGGUGGAACGGUACAAGUCGGUGAUCCCACCGGACGCUUGACCGCGCGAGAAAUCAUGUCUGACACGACUCAAACGACCAAUAUCAACUCAAUCACCAGCCAACUGGACAUUAUGUGGCAAAAUAUGCGGGCAUACAGUGCGCGACGCGGCAGUCCAUCCAAAGAAGGAACGCGAGAGCUGUUGAACAAUGUUACUUGGCUUGGAAACCUCACAUUGAUGGAUUUUCUUCGGGAUAUGGGCAGAGGCGUGCGCAUUGGUACACUGCUGGGUCGUGACACCGUUAAAAACAAGCUCGCCAAGGGAGAUGGGAUGUCAUUCGCCGAAUUCACAUACCCACUGUUACAAGGUUGGGACUGGAAGUACAUGUUUUCCUUACGGAAAGCGCAGAUACAAAUCGGAGGCAGCGACCAAUAUGGAAACAUCAUCGGAGGGAUUGAUGCUAUCAGGUAUUCGACGCAGGCCGACUUCGAGCUUGCAUGGGCCUUGACACCUGACGGAAAACUGGAGUCAACGCAAGCCCCCAUGGGUAUCACGACACCACUUUUGACCACCUCGAGUGGCGAGAAGUUCGGUAAGAGCGCAGGCAACGCGGUCUGGCUCGACAAGUCCAUGACUUCACCCUUCGAUCUGUACGGGUUCCUCCUGUCUACGCCGGAUGCCGACGUUGGAAAGCUCCUUAGGCUCUUCACCAUCCUCCCGUCCGACGAAAUCAAACAGCACAUCAUAGAUCAUGCAGCGGAUCCAGGCAAACGUCUAGCGCAGCACCUCCUGGCAUCCGAAGUCCUCGAGCUCGUCCACGGGAAAGAAGUCGCUGAUCGUACCCGCGAUGAACAUCGUUCCAUGCGCGCACCUACCCUUGCGGCUCUCCAGGCCGGCCCCCCCAAGCCAAAUUCGCAAACCGAAUCGACUCAGGGACGGAGCGGUGCCGAAGACAAGAAAGGGAGCACCACUUUUGAUGAUGGCGAUACCGCAGCGCUGCAGCGUAUCCUACUGCCCGAAUCGCUCGUAAACAAUAGAUCACCCUCGGACAUCCUCUACGCAGCAUCACUCGCCAAGAGCAAAUCCGCCGCAGCACGUCUCGUCUCCGCAGGCACACUCUACGCCGCCACACCGCUGGCUUCUGACGCAGGAUUGUCCGAGUCGGUUUCAGACGUGAUGAACACCGAACUACGCUUUAUCAAGCAGACCGGGAACGGCGUCAGUGAGCUUGCGGCUUUCACUCAGCCGGGCAAUCUUUUGGUACUGCGGCUUGGGAAGUGGAAGAUCCGCAUCAUCGAGGUUGUGCCGGAUGCUGAAUAUGAGGCGCGUUCGGCGGCUGACGGGCGGGAAAUCUCACCCCAGUGGCUCAAGUUGAAAGCGGCACACUAAUCGGAGUAAGAUUGCGUUGCACUUUGCCAAGUCCGCGAUUCGAGGACGAUUCCGGGCGGAGCAAUGCGCCGAAAGCGCGCGGCCUGGUCGAAUGGCCCUUUGUACAUUAGAACGGAGUCGAAUCAGAGGCGAUUGUGCCUGGCGGUCGAAUUGUCAGUGGACUUGAUCCUGAGCAUCUUAGCAUUGUCAUGUGAAAUUGAUUGAAAAUAUGUGAGAUGACAGACAUGUUUCGGAAAGGAUCACUCGUGAGAUGAAAAUAGAUAGAAAGGUAUUUGAAUUCUGUUGCUGAGCUCAAACAUGCUCAUACUUCGGGCCAAAUCAUGCGGGUAUACUAAUUAAAGGAAAGCAAUCAGAGUCAUUCGAGCACAAAGUCGCGUUGCCCGCAGUGAGG